AUGAACAACAUGUACGGCUACCCUACUUCGAAUGGGCUGGAGCGGACCUCUCCGCAUGAUGGAUAUUUGAACCCCCGCAACAACUUCACUCCUCCAACCACGCGGUUCUCUGAUAUUCAACCAAUUGAUGAUGGUUUGCAGCUCAACAGAAGCCUGUUAUUCGAUGGUAGCCAGCGGCUCAAUACCGGAUUGAAUUUGAAUGACGGCUUACAGCUUGGUGGCAGUCAGCAAUACGCUGGUGUUCAACAGUUUGGCAGUGGUCAACAAUUUAGCGGUCGAGGUCAACACUUCAGCGGCGGCGGUCAACAAUUUGGUGGUGGCAGCGGCGGUCAACAGUUCAGUGGUGGUGGACAACAGUUUGAUGAUGGACAACAAUUUUUCAGUGGUGGCGGACAACAAUUCAGCGGCGGCGGACAACAAUUCAGCGGCGGCGGACAACAAUUCAGCGGCGGCGGACAACAAUUCAGCGGCGGCGGACAACAAUUCAGCGGCGGCGGACAACAAUUCAGCGGCGGCGGACAACAAUUCAGCGGCGGCGGACAACAAUUCAGCGGCCAACAAUUCAGCAGCGGCGGACAACAAUUCAGCGGCGGCGGUCAACACUUCAGCGGCGCCGGUCAACAAUCCAGUGUUGGUGGCCAAGAAUUUGGCCAUGGUGGUCAGCAAUCUCAUUCCAGCCAUGGAGGCCAGCAGAACGACUCCGAUGUGAUGAAUCCUGCCCCACAAACCUCGGCUCUUCUGCCCCCUCACUUUCCCGCCUCCACCAUUGCAACCGGUCCCCGAAAGCGCAAGAGAACUAACCGCUCCACUGUCUCAGCUGCUGUCCCUGAAAGUACUCCCCCUGUGCCCACACCAUCAGCACCAAUUGUUAACACAAACGCAGCCAACUCAACCACGCCAGCUACCACUGUAACCCAGUCUCAAUCAAUCAAUCGAUUCCUUGCAGACGUUAAUCAACAAGUCGAAGACCGAGAGCCAGAGGAGGAAGUCGACUAUAGUCAAAAGACAGCAGAUGAACUUCAAGGGAUUUCAAAGGAUAAGUCCAAGAAACACAUGACAAAUUCAGAUGUUGAAGUGUUUCUGGAGUUUUACCUUACCCAACAGAAAGACUUAGCUCUCCUAGCUAUUGAACGGCGAGUCUCUGUUGAGAUGGUCGAGAAGCUCUUGGGAAGAAAACAAUCCCUUCGAGCUGCAACCAUCUGGAAUAACUUCAUGAAGACACCCAUUGCACGAGCAAUAUUCAAAGAAAGCGGCAAGGGUGUUAAGGACAAAGAAGCGAUGGGGAAGCUUUCUGCGAUGUGGGACGCAAUGACACUUGAUGAGAAGAGGGCCUUUGCAACCGAUCCAACAGUCGGACCAGAUCAAGAUGCGGCAUCGGAAUCCAAUCCAACUGGGGCGGCCGUUGUUGAUACUACAACAACUGGCAACAAUCCUCAAGAAACCACUACGACAGAUUUGGUUCCUACACCUCGAGUUCCGACUGUUGGCGGCUUACGGGUCUGCUCAAAGUCCUUGAAGGCAGCUCACUCACGUGUUGAUAAGUGGAUGACCGAGUGGCAGGCCAAAGCGGUCCAUGUGGCCAAGAGCUCUCACUGUGAAUUUGUCCUGAUAGGCAUAUCCAACCACCUCUCGGCACACAACUUCCAAUUUACUCGCAGUACACCUGGAGCUGCGCCAUUUUCCAAACAGAUCGAGCAUGCAGAUGGACUGCAAAGCUACCAGAAUCGACUUCAAGCAUUUCUUUCUGGGUUCCGAAUCAACAACAUUCCAGCCCUUGUAAACAAGGCAAAGAUUCCACUUGCUCGUGAAGCUGCUACCAACCUGCGAACUCGUCUUGGAUCUUUUGUUGCUGAAGAAACCAAUGGCUUGAAACAGUCUUGGAGCUGGGGUGACUGUGACAGUCAACUUGGUGCAAUCGGUUUCAAGCUUGUCUUUCUUCCUGGUGCCAAGUCCAACCCAAUAUGGCUCAAGACUCUGAGCCGCGAACUCAAAGGUCCUAUGAUCACACUGAUUAAUCACGACCUCGAUCAGAACCUCAUUCGUGUAGUGGCCGAUCAAGAUGCAUUGCUUGGCGUGGUUCCUCGUUGCAAGAAGAAUCUUCCAAAGAAGCAACCACCUCGCACCACUGAUGAUACCAACAGCGAACUGGGAGCCCCGACCACCUCCGCCAACUCCACAACCAACCAAUCCAAACGUAAGCGAUUAACAACUUCAGGGUCACGCCAUCGCGCUCGAACCCCGCUCACUGCGGCUGAGAAGGCCUUGGAUGAUUCAGACGAUGAAGGCGAAGACAAAUGA